CUCUGCCUGCCUGCCUGGCUCCCUCCUUCUUUUCGGGCUGGGCUCUCGGUCGCCCCGCCGCUUCCUGGGAAGCUUUGCUGAAACGGAGAGGGGGGGAGAAAGAGAGAGGGAAGGCGGGGCGGCGGCGGAAACCAGACCUUGGCGAUAAGAAGAGCGUGCGGUGCCCAGGCGUCGGCGGCCCCAGCAACAGCAAGAGCAGCCUUCUUGCAACCCCCUCCCCUCCCCGCUCUUCCUCCUCGCCGUCAUCACCCCCCAUCUAUUCCUCUCUCUCUCUCUCUCUCUCUUUCUCAAUCUCUCUCUUUGCUGGGCGCCGCAGGGGGAGGGGGGCCGCGGGAGGAAUGCCGCUGUGACACGCAGGGCGGCACAAGUCCCAGCUUUUUUUCUUCUUCUUUCCUUUCCUCUUUCCCUCCCCUUUUUUGUUUUCCCCUCCCACCUUUUUGGUGGUGGUAAGAGUGUAUUUUUUUUCCAAGUGGGUAUUUUUUUCCCCCUCUCCUUUUUUUUUUUUUUUUUUAAUUUUUGGGUUCCGCUUUCCAAUUUGUCACCAUCCUCUCCCGAAUCCCCCACAAUGCCUUGGUCGGUCUGUCCACACCACGAUCUGAUGGUUGCCUCUGGAAAGAAAUGUGAGAGAGGUUGGUACUAAGAAGUGCCUUUCCUGACGUCUCUGCUGCUUGGAACCGCUUCUAGAGCAGUCCCUGCUUUUUGCCUUGCUUGCUGCCAGCUAGACUGCGACGACAGCACAUCUACCCUCCACCUCUAGUCCAGCCACCCCUCCCCUCAUUUCUACUUCUAAUCAAGAGAAAGAGCUCUAAGCGUCCAGCAUUGCCCUAGGCUGCUUUAGUUAUUCUCAUAGAAGUAAAAGUUUGCUGGAAAAGUGACCUGCCUUCUGCCAGAAAGGAAAAAAAAUUAAAGAGAGGAGAAAAAAUAAUCUUCGAUUUGUUGCUCUAAACUGCUGCCUCUGUCUGUGCCAAACUAAUCGAUACCAAUUGCACCACACCAAAAAUUCAAAAUUAAAUUAUUAACAAUUAUUGCAAAUUCAGCUGUGUGGAGAUCACCCUUCAGACAACUUUUCCUGACAGCAGCUUGGAAAUUCUGUGUCGAAGGGUCUGCCACGUUUUGCUGCUUGCAUUUUGGGCUCCAAUUUGGCACUUGGAAUGAGUAAAUGAGAGCACAAGGCUCCUUCCAGGCCACACUUUUAAAUGCUGAUUUUACUUAACAAUCUUAGCAUUUCUCUAAGUACAAAAAACCCUCCCCUUCUUUCAAUUGACAGUUUCAUGCUGUGACUUUCUAGUGGAAACCUUUUCCUUGCUGUUGCAACAACACGAUUUUACAUCUUUUAACAUUGGGCUUGGGGUUUGGGGAAAUAUUUUGGAGGUGACAUUUUUCAUCGUUUUGAUUCUUAUCAGUUUGGCCUUCUUCUUUUUAAUUUGUUCAUUUCAUUGACAAUUUUUAACUACCUGUAAAAUCUAAACAUGGCUGUAAGUGUCACACCAAUCCGGGACACAAAAUGGCUAACACUGGAAGUGUGUCGAGAGUUCCAAAGAGGGACUUGCUCACGACCAGAUACGGAAUGUAAAUUUGCACAUCCAUCGAAAAGCUGCCAAGUUGAAAAUGGACGCGUAAUCGCCUGCUUUGAUUCAUUGAAAGGGCGAUGUUCAAGGGAGAACUGCAAAUAUCUUCACCCACCACCACACUUAAAAACACAGUUGGAAAUCAAUGGACGCAAUAACCUGAUUCAGCAGAAGAACAUGGCCAUGCUGGCCCAGCAAAUGCAACUAGCCAAUGCCAUGAUGCCUGGUGCACCAUUACAACCAGUGAACCAUAUCCCUCAGACAUUCCAAAAAAGAGGGGGGGAGGGAUCUGCCUAUUUCAUCGACACUGAUUCCAUUUAUCAAUACCAAACACUAAAGCAAGAGGAGUGCAGUCCAAGCGGCACCCCUGGAUCUGUCCUUGUUUGUACUCCGCUUCAUGAGCCAAUGUUUUCAGUUGCACCAAGCUUAGCCACCAAUGCUUCAACGGCCUUUAACCCCUACUUGGGGCCAGUCUCCCCUGGCUUAGUCCCGGCAGAAAUCCUGCCAACAGCACCGAUGCUGGUUGCAGGGAAUCCUGGUGUACCAGUUCCUGCUGCUGCAGCGGCAGCAGCGCAGAAGCUAAUGAGGACUGACAGACUGGAGGUGUGUCGAGAAUAUCAGCGUGGCAAUUGUAACAGAGGAGAAAACGAUUGCCGGUUUGCUCACCCUGCCGACAGCGCAAUGAUUGAUACCAAUGACAACACCGUGACUGUCUGCAUGGAUUACAUCAAGGGGAGAUGCUCAAGGGAAAAGUGCAAAUAUUUUCACCCUCCUGCACAUCUGCAAGCUAAGAUCAAAGCAGCUCAGUACCAGGUCAACCAAGCAGCAGCUGCUCAAGCAGCAGCUACAGCUGCAGCCAUGACUCAGUCGGCUGUCAAAUCACUGAAGCGACCCCUCGAGGCAACCUUUGACCUGGGAAUUCCUCAAGCUGUACUCCCCCCAUUACCAAAGAGGCCUGCGCUUGAAAAAACCAAUGGUGCCACCGCAGUCUUUAAUACUGGUAUCUUCCAAUACCAGCAGGCUCUUGCAAACAUGCAGUUGCAACAGCACACAGCCUUCCUCCCACCAGGCUCAAUAUUGUGCAUGACACCCGCUACAAGUGUUGUUCCCAUGGUGCACGGCGCUACGCCCGCCACUGUGUCUGCAGCAACAACAUCUGCCACAAGCGUCCCCUUCGCUGCAACAGCCACAGCCAACCAGAUACCCAUAAUAUCUGCCGAACAUCUGACUAGCCACAAGUAUGUCACACAGAUGUAGACAUUUAAUCAUCGAACAAUCAUAUAAAAGAAAAGAGGACAGUGUGGUUGAAUGAAGAAACAGGACAGGUCAUUAGCCAUAAUGUAUAUACUGUCAAAUAACAGCACCUGAAUUUCCUCAGCAGUAAGACAUCCACAUAUUGCAUGCUAACAAGAUAAAAAUGACAAAACUUGGAAAUCCACUGCACACUGUUGCCUAUAUACUUUGUACAUUGAAUAGAUAUUUGUGCUGGGGUGAUCAUAUUGUCUAAAGACUACAACAUUGUCUAUCUUUUCUAGCACACAGGUAUCUAGUGCAUACGGCAGCUGAAGUAUGCAUUGGUAGACUCUUUUCCUACAUAAUCAUGUAUGUCAUCUUGAAAAGACAGACUGUGAUGUAGCCAUAAAUCUAUUAUGUAUUGGUACGUCUGUAGACCAAGAUAUAAUUUUUAAGCAAGUUUAUUUCUUUCAAGGUUUACAAAUAACAAAAGGUGCACCUUGUAUUUAAAAUUGCCAUGAUAGAAGAGACCGUGCAUGCACAGUAUAAUUAUUUUCCUUUUUUGUUUUGUUUUAAGAGUAAUAUUUUUAAAUGUAAUAGAUUGUAAGAAGUGGUAAAGAGGUAUCUGACAGAGAUGAAUGUGCCAAGUAAAAACCACAACUGUGUAUAUUUUUAAAGCACACCAAUGGCUUUAAGUACCAUGUUGUUAAAGAUUCUCAUGAAGUGCCAUAGACUGUAAUCAACAUAGAGUAUUAUUUCUUCAGUGUUACAUUAAGAGCCACAAUUUUGUUGUUGUUUUUUGCUUGUUUUGCUAAUUGCUAAUCAGUCAAAGGGCACCCUUCAGUUUUAAACCAAAGCUGUCUCAGAAAUGGCCACUUUAGUUAACAGUAGACAGCACAAUAAUUUUAAAACAAAAUAGAAAGAACCCUAGAUAUACAGGUUAUUCCUACACAUACCGGAUAUAUAAACUUAUAUAAAUUAUUAUAAUACCUUGUAUUUGUAAUAGUUAUGCAAACUAUACUGUAUAACACAAUAUAUAAUUGUUUUUUUUAAAAAGGGAAAAGCCAUUUCUGAGACACUGUUAGCAAAAUGUUUAAGGAAUUUCCUUUUUGCUCGUGUUUUUAACCUCUGUCAAAAGUCCAAGAGACUCUAAAUGUGUCGUAGAAGGUGGGUUUGGCUUUACACUUAAAAUGCAUCAUUUCAAAGUCAUGCACUUCAAGAAAAGAGUGACUCUAAUUGUGGGGAAGCACUGACAUCAGAUGCACGAUAAAAACCAAAACAAUGAUGUCUAUGAAAAAAUGUCAAUCAGAAAUAGACAUUGGGCGGGUUAAAUAUUGAGAUGAGUUUUAUAUGUGAUUUCUUCUGUUCUAACUGCUUAUAGCCUUAGAAAGCCUUUACAAAAAUGAAACAAAAAAUAGAUGUUCAUUCAAGUUUUUAAGAAUGGAUUCAUCCAAAGGAAAUCAUUUUUGUGGUUUGGAUGUUGCAGCUAGUAAAGGAUAUAUUUUGUUCUGUUCAGCAAAGUUAAAGAUUGCUGAGGUGGGGGCCAGGUCACUGGUAGUAUAGUGUGGAAUGGAAGAGGCGAGAGUUCAGUUCUAGAACUUUCCAUACUUCCAAGUUUACUUGCAAGUUUUUAUGCUUGAGAGAUGCUUUCUAAUUAAAAAAAAAGAAUGAUGUGUUGAUUUUACUGAUUGUACUGUACAUCUAUUAAAGCCUUAGAUUAUUACAUUACGGGUUAAAACCCAUACCAAUGUAAUUUCAAUCGUGUUAAGAAAGUAUAGGUGACUUCACAUGUUUAUUGUAGUUUACUUACAUUAGAGAAUACGACAUAUUUUUCCUCGUUAAAAUAGUAGUUUAAUUUCCUACAUUUAUUAGAUCAUGUUCAUUUUCUAUUACCAGAUGAUUGCCAUUUCAGUUUAUAGGAUUUUGUUUUAUUAGAUUUUACUGAUGGAUUUUUCAAAAUAUGAAAAAAAUUAAAAAGUUUUUUUCUUCAUAGCAUAUGCAGUUUUGAAUUUACAUGUAGUGUCAUGAAUAUUCGUAUUAUUGUUAACUAAAUGAUUUAUAUUUUACUGAUUUAAUAUUACAAUGUAAGAAUAUCAGUCAUUGUUAGUUCUUGUCUAGUUUCAUUAAAAGAACAAAGAUCUUUUAUAUGGAUAUCUUAUAUAAUCAUUGCUAAGUAAGAAGUUAAGUUGUUGCUAUUGCAACGAUCCUGGCAGACAACUGAGUAAUAUUUUGAUGAUUUAUUUUGUUUGUAAUUAAUUAUAAAAGAAAAAAUCUAGUUCCUAGAUAUUAGAAUAAAAAUUUAUUUUCUACUGUAUCCAUUUCAAAUGUUAAGAUAUUGUUUAAAUAUUUUUUUGAAAUCCCUGAAUAUCAGGCCUUGUUAUAAAUAAGCUGCAUAAUCAAUAGAUCAAGGGACUUUUUGUUGAUAAUCCAAAUACUCAAAAGUUUACGUAUAACAAGAAUUAUAAUAUGUGUGAGUGCGUGUGCAAACUCUUGAGGGUUGAUUAUGCUGCAGUUUGGCAUGUGGGAAAGUAUAGAGAGAAAAAUUUGACCUUUUGCACUUCUGUAUAUAGUCAAAAAGAGAGAGAGAAACCUGUAUAAUAGUAAGAUCUUAUUUUGAAUAAAAAUGUCUAUAAAUACAAGGAGUUUUGUUAAGGCUAAAAAAAAUAUGACAGGCUGAACAAAAUUGCUUGCUAAAAAGUGGCACAGAGUUAGCACUCCAGACCCCUUUGGAAAAAGUUGCUUUGCUUUAUGUGAACAGCUUCUAGUUUGCCAGGAUUUUUCCAGCUGGAAAGAUUGGCCAUCCUUCCCAAUUUUCAUGACUAACAAAAGCUGCACUGGUCAAGAUCUGCCUGAAGUUCAUUACUUAUUCAAAUAAAAUUAAAGAAAAAAUAUUUUUUUAAGAUACAGAAUUUCAAAUAAACAGGUACUUCAAACCAUUAAAGGGAAAUCAUGGAUCAAAUGUGUUGUACAUUACUCAAAACAACAACUGCAUGUUUAAAGUAUCAAAGAGAGAGAGAAAGAGAAAGAAAGAAAAUCUAUAUAUAUAUAUAAAAGAUAUAUAUUCUAUUCAAACCAGUUUCUGACAAAUUUCAGUAGUUUUAUUAUUCACACACUGAUACACACACAAACACACACACAAACACACACAACCAAACAGAAACCAAUAUUGACUUUCACACGCACAGAAACAGAUAAAAAAAUAUUGUCAACAGGCAAACCAAACCAAACAUCAUAGCUGUAGUUGUUAUGUAAUUAUUUUUAUUGCUGUAGUGAUCCUGUUCUUUUAGCAGGUGAAAAAAGAUACCCUAUCAAAUUUACCAUUUUUAACCUAAAGCACUUGAGAAACCAUGGGUAAUAUAUGAUGCCAAAGUGAACGGGUGGGGGAAAAAAUUAAAGAACAUUGGAUUUAUUCUGAAAAUUCACACAAAUUAAUUAAUAAUGUUGCACUUCCUUGCAACCCUGCAAUUUUCAUCUGCUGAAAGGACAGAUGUGCUUGUUUUUACUAUUAUGUAACCACAGACUUAAAUUUGCUUGGUAGUUGCUCCAAAUUAUGUACUCUGUCCUGGGCUGCAAUUUGUUUUUAUGCUUAUUUUAUUAUUACUGCUAUAGUUGACCUAGCUGUAUGGAAAAAAAAUAAAGUUAAAUUGCCCUAAUAAAA